UUCCUAGCAACCCCAUUCUUCUCCCCUUCCUCCUCCAAAUAACAGCAUAUUUUCUCUCACUUGCAAGAAACCUCUCUGGUGCGAUGUUGUAAUUGGUUUUUAUCGUAGUAGUCGUGGUAAAGCAUUUAUAACUGCAGCGACUCUGCAACUGUGCAACUUUUAACGGCCUUUUCUCUUGGGAACUAAGUACAAGUAUUAUGGCAACUCACAAAUUACCAGGUAUAUUUGGGCCGAGGAAAUAUAGUUAUGAAGAACUAGCAGAGGCAACAGGUCAUUUCUCCAACGAGUUCUCCAUUGGACAGGGUGGUUUUGGUCAAGUUUUUAGGGGAUCUCUAGAUGGUGGAAUCUAUGCUAUUAAGAAACUUUAUGAUGUUAAGGGAUUUGAGGAUGAGAUUGCGGUUGUUAGCCGCGUUCGUCACCGAAAUCUUGUUACAAUGGUUGGCUACUGCAUCGAAGAAGCCAAUGCACUGAUUGUAUUAGAAUAUUUUCCCAAUAAGUCCUUGAGGUUUCAUUUACAUGAAAACGAGAGUUUGGAUUGGCCAAAAAGAAUGAGAAUCGCCAUAGGCUCUACAAAAGGAUUGGAAUAUCUACAUGAACACUGCAAACCCAAGAUCAUACAUCAAGAUAUCAAGCCAGAUAAUAUUCUUCUUGAUGAUAAUUUUGAACCAAAGGUUGCAGAUUUUGGACUUGCCUGGUUCUUUCCGGAUACCAUUUCUCACCUCUACAAAUCGAUUCAGGGAACUAUAGAUUUUAUAGAUCCAGAGCGUUAUGAAAGGGUAUCUGAAGAGGCAUCUGACAAAUCAGAUGUCUAUUCUUUCGGUGUGGUGCUUCUAGAGCUGAUUACUGGAAGAAAACUUAAAUAUGAAGACAUUCAAAGAGCAAAGGCUCGAAUGAUGCAGGCUCUAAAUGGAGAAUAUACGAAUUUUGUUGAUUUCAAUUUGCAAAACUAUAAUAGAAGGGAAAUGAAAAGAAUGAUUUUCUGUGCUGCAUCCUGUGUUUAUAAACCUUUAAAUUCUCGCCCAACAAUGAAAAAGAUAGUUCGAGCUCUUGAAAAAGAUAUUCCUCUUAAGGAUAUAUGGGAUGGCAAUGACUGCAAUUUCCUCAAAAGUAUUACUAUAAUUUACUAA